AUGCAGUCCGCAGAGCCGGGCAGGCUCCUCUCGAUCCAGUCCCACGUCUGCUCUGGAUUUGUCGGCAACCGGAGCGCGACGUUUCCCCUCCAGCUUCUUGGAUGGGACGUAGACAUUGUGGUGAGCGUGUGACGAUCUUCUCAUGGCCAUACAUCACUCGUAGCUAAGGCGGAAUCAAUCCCCUCGCCUUGAUGCAUGGACGCGCAUGUGCUCCAGAACACCACGCAGCUCUCUAAUCACACCGGAUAUGGCAGGUGGGGCGGCAUGCGCUUGGACGAUGCGCAUCUACGCAAUGUAUUUGCAGGUCUAGAAGCGAACGGGCUAAACAGGUGGGUGCGUCUUCUGACCGGUGAGUGCGUCGCUCGUAGCACAGCCUCGCGCAUCCACGAGUUGCACAGCUUCUGCAUCGAGGUGUUAGCUGAACCUGAGCAUCACAUUCCGCGCAUUUCACCAGGCUACACACCAUCACCUGCGGCACUGGCCGCUGUGAGCGGCUUCAUACGCCGGACGCGUACGGCAAACCGUGAUCUGAUAUACUUGUUGGACCCUGUGCUGGGCGACUCGGACAGGGGAUUCUACGUCGACAAAGAAUGUUUACCUCUUUAUCGCGAGCUCCUGCCAAUGUCCAACAUCGUGUGUCCCAACAGCUUUGAAGCUCAGUGAGUGGCGAUCGUGUCGCUCGCAGGCUUACGCAAGGGCACACGGCUCAGCUCAGAGCCUUCUCUUGUUGAUCGCCAUCAAGACAACUUGCAGGUGUCGACAUUAUAGAUCGCUCGUCGCUUCUGUCAGCCUUUGCAAUACUGCACGCCAAGUAUGACGUCGAGCACGUCAUCAUCACCUCUCUCGAGCCGCUGCCUGCUGAUCUGGGAAUGAACGCUACCUUGCCCGACGGAAGUCGUGCGAUGGUACAGGCUGGGUCAAGCUUUUCGGUGACUCAGUCCAGCAAUGUGCCCAAAUUGAACGAAGUCACGGAACAAAUCAAUCCCUGGCUCAUUGCUUUCCCCGAGGUGGAAGGUCACUUUGUCGGGGUCGGAGACCUCUUUUCGGCGCUGGUGCUGGGUCGCUUCGAACGGGAGCAGAGCGAUGCUUCUGGAAGCGCGAGCGUCACACCUUUAGCAAGUGCCGCGGAACAGGCGAUCGCCUCUGUGCAAGGGGUAUUGCAACGCACACAAAAGCACAUGGCCAAUCUGACUCAGCAAAGCGAGUCGAGCGCAGGAUGGAAAGGGAUGAAAAAUGCAGCAGACGACCAGGAUGCGACGCUUGUGGGGCCAACGAGCUCGGCUGCGACGCCCGAGGAUCUGGCAAGCGCACAUCUCCGAGUGGAAUACGCUAGAGCUAGGGAAUUGAGGGUGGUACAGAGCAGAGAGGAGCUGGAGCGACCGAACGUCCAGUGGAAGGCAUGCUGGCUCAAGCGGUGA